AUGAAUAGUACUUACAACAUUACACCAUAUGUGACCCUUGUCAGCUAUAACCUCCCCCCUGACAGUGUUAUCUCUACUUUCUUGUUUGCCUGUUUGAGUUAUGUAACCAUCCUAUUUUGCAAUCUCACGCUUAUGUUAACUAUUAUACUCAACAAAUGUCUGCAUCAGCCUAUGUACCUGAUCCUCAUUAACCUGCCUAUCAAUGACCUGAUGGGAUCUUCAGCAUUUUUCAUUCAAACCAUUAAACAAAUCAUAACGAGAAGUCAGAUUGUUUCUUACCCCGCUUGUGUCACCCAAGCCUUUUUUAUACACAUUUACGCUGCUGGUGCCAUGUUCAUGCUCACUGCGAUGGCUUAUGACAGAUACAUUGCUAUCUGUUGGCCUCUCAGGUACAACGAUGUGAUGACUAACUCUCAGGUUAUGAAAGUGAUCACAUUUGCGUGGUUAUGUUGUUUUAUUUUAAUUGGCGUGCUGUUUGGGUUGCUUUUACGCUUGCCCCGUUGCCGUUCUGAAAUGAUGCAGCCUUACUGUGACAACCCUUCUUUGCUUUCGUUGGUUUGUGAGAAUACAUCUUUAAACAACAUCUACGGACUAUUUUCUGUAGCGGUGACCCAGGUGGUAGCCAAUGGGAUGAUUCUGUUCACGUACUUGAGGAUUUUGAUCGCCUGUUUCCGCUCCAAACGGGCAGACACGAAGGCCAAAGCACUGCAGACCUGUGCCACUCAUCUGUUAGUUGUUAUCUUAUUUGAAAGUUUGGGGCUCUUCACCAUUAUUUCCUAUCGAUUUAAGGACAUGUCACCACACCUCCGGAGGUUCUUGGGGAUGUCCACGCUCAUUUUCCCCCCAACACUUAAUCCCAUCAUUUACGGACUGAAAACAAAAGAGAUCAGAGUGAAAAUCAUGCAGUACUUAAGGAAUAUGUUAUUUAAAAUUAAACCCAAUCGUAUUCAUUUGUAA